AUGAGGACCGUUGCCCUUUUCUCCGCCCUCCUCCUCGUCCAGCUGUGCUCGACGGCGCUAGGUGAGACCUACCGACAGUACAGGGUGCUCACCGGCUCAGGCUACCCUCGCUACUAUACUUACACUCCCUCAGAACAAAAGACAUACUACACCAAUCCGUACGUAGACCACCCAUACAGGUACUAUUCCAACAACAACAACGUCUACGUCACGGACAUGUAUGGAAGGACCACCGUUCAAUCUGGACUGAGCUCUCGAGCGGCCUACAGCAACCCGUACGACAUCACCUGCACGGCUUGCACGUGCACCAGCAGCACGUGUGGCCAGAACGCCAAGUGCUCCAUCAUAGGCGGACGCCCUGUAUGUUCCUGCCUUAGGGGAUACACUGGAGAUCCUCUCUCAGUCUGCACAAGGGCUGAAUGUUUGGACAACACCGAGUGCAGGGGCCACCAAACUUGUCAAGCAGGCAAGUGUCUGGACGUUUGCGCGGGCUCCUGCGGCGCCAACGCCAACUGCGACGCCAGGAAUCACGUCCCCGUCUGUUCCUGUCCCCCGGGGUACACCGGGGAGCCUUUCACUUCCUGCCGAAGGUUCAAUCCAGAGGAAUUAUGCCACCCCAGUCCCUGCGGCCCCAACACCAACUGCGAGGUCAGGAACGAAGUGCCCACCUGUACCUGCCUCCCCGGAUACCACGGUUCCCCCUUGGCAGGCUGCAGACACGAGUGCGAUAGCGAUUCCGAAUGCGGGCCCACCCUGGCAUGUAUCGAAUUCAAGUGCCAGAACCCCUGCCUGACCCAGUGCGGCACCAGCGCCGAGUGCGAGACCAUCAGCAACCACAGGGCCGUGUGCAAGUGUCCCAAGAAUUACUUCGGCAACCCGUACUCUUCCUGCAAGCCCGAGUGUUACGGAGACGUCGACUGCCCCAGUCACAAACCGGCCUGCUUCUACGGCAUCUGCAAGAGCCCGUGCGAGGGCGCAUGCGGCGUCGGCGCCAACUGCGAGCUUAGGGGACUCACACCCGUCUGCUCCUGUCCGAAGGAUAUGACCGGUGAUCCCUUCGUGCGUUGCAGACCCUUCGAGCCGAAAGACCUCUGCGAGCCCAACCCAUGCGGUGCCAAUGCUCACUGCGAGCCAGGAUUCGACAGGACCAACAAGGAACGACCCGUCUGUACCUGUCCCUUCGGAUACAUAGGAGACCCCCUGAAGGCCUGCUUCAAGGGAGAAUGUACAGACAACAGCCACUGCUCAGACAGUCAAGCUUGCAUUGAAUACAGUUGCCAGAACCCCUGCGUCAACCAGUGCGGCUCCAAUGCCAACUGCAACCCCCGGAGACACAUAGCCGUGUGCACUUGCCCGGCUGGCUACAACGGAGACGCUCUCAUCCAGUGCUACCCCGAGAGGAGCACGGAGGUCUCCAAAUAUCAAGCCACCUACUGCAGAACAUGCUGAGUCGAAACAGUCGAGGGCAUAUCGUGACGUCAGCGACGCGGCAUGGCUACAAUCAGCUGAUGGGAAAAAUAGGUUAGGUCGAACUUUUACUACCACGACUAAUAAUCUCACUUGCUUUGUAAUUGUUAGCGUAAUCUAAGUAAGAAUAACGUCAUAAUAAAGCUGAAAUUGAACAAAAGUUAUUGUAUUCAAAAUGUGUAUUGUAAAAUUUAUGGAGGACAACCAUCAGCUGACAUGUGGCCUGCAUACUUGUCUUUGAUCAAUAAAUAAUGAAUGUAAAUCUACAUUAUUUGUUUGGUCGACGAUUUUUAACCAAUUUAGCGCAACGUUUGUAAUAUACAGUUUUUGUAUUUUUAUAU